AUGAAUAAUCCAGCAAAGUUGCUAGAUUAUGUUAACCCGAUACUGUCAGCGAUUGAACUAUCGUCGGGACUACCUGGGAAAACACAUCUUCAAAUGAUUGCUCAUUUCGGAGCUGAAGUACGUAAUGUUGUUCUUGUCGAUGCGUUUGAUUUUAACACUAAGCAAAGGACCACUCUCUCCGCAGAUUUGGUUGCCUUUGUGACACAGCUGAUUCGCACCGGUCAACCAUCAGACGUACCCGACGAUACCGACUAUAAUUAUUUCCCUUUCACGCAAGAGUUACCAUACUAUUUACCACUUAAUGAAAUUUGCCCAACGCCACUCAACUGCAUGUACGCAAUGCGUCCGGACACUCCCUUUAUAGCUACAAGCCGCAGUCGUCACGAUCCGCGGUUUUUGGCCUCAUCUGAGCGGUCACGCUGUUUGUAG